AUGAAAAAUAUCGUCAUUCUCGGUGGCUCCUACGCUGGAGUCAGCACAGCUCAUCGGAUCCUUAAGCAAGCUACGAACACUACACCCUUCAAGAUCACUCUUAUUUCUCCGAAUACAGAUUUCUACUGGAAUAUUGCGUCACCUCGAGGCAUAAUCCCAGGUCAGAUCGAGGAUGACAAGCUUUUCCAGCCGAUCAGUGCUGGCUUCGACCAAUAUCCCGCUGGUCAAUUUGAGUUUGUUGUUGGAUAUGCCGAAUCGCUCGACGUCGACGCCAAAAAAGUGAGGGUUUCCAAUAAUAUAAUUCUCGACUACGAUCUUCUUAUUCUUGCUACUGGGACCAAUGACAGGGAAGGCAUGCCGUUUAAAGGAGUGGGAUCGACACAAGCUACGAAGGACGCACUGCAUGGCUUCCAAGCAAAGGUAGCAAAGGCGGAGACAAUUGUUGUUUGUGGUGCUGGUGUGACAGGUGUUGAGGUUGCUGGUGAACUAGCGUUCGAGUACGGACAAACGAAGAAGAUUAUUCUGCUAGGCAGUGGAUCAACAGUUCUCGAGGGCAGCCCAGCAAGUGUAUCGAAGAUAUCUACGAACUCGCUUGAGAAGUUGAACGUCGACAUUAGGCUACAAACGAAAAUGACGAGCUCGAUCCAAAAGCCAGAUGGUCGGCUAGAACUCGUCCUUUCGAGCGGAGAGAGACUGUCCACAGACUUGACCAUUCCAACCUUUGGUUUGGUCCCGAACACUUCAUACGUCCCAGAAAAGUUCCUCAAUACCCAGGGAUACGUUGUGGUCGAUGAGUAUCUCAAAGUUAAGAAUGCCAAGUCAGUGUGGGCCAUCGGCGAUGUCUGUGAUACGGAGUACUCGCAGUUUCUGUCCUGUGACAGGCAAUCGACCUAUGUGGCUAAAGCCAUUUCAUCCAUCCUCAGCGAUGCCAAGAUACCGCCCCCAUACCAACCAUUCACAAGCAAAUUUAUGGGCUUUCAGAUCGGGAAGACAUCGGGAACCGGCCAUUUUGGGUGGUUUAGAAUUCCAAGCUUUGUAGUAGUAUACCUUCGAAAGACGCUGUUUGUCGAGAGAUUGCUCACUACGGUUAAUGGGUCUCAAUUUUAA